CCGAUUCCCAGGACUUGUGUGCGGGAGUCGGAGGCUGCAGGCAGGGAACAGUCGGGCUGCCCCACUCCGAAACACCUCCACCGGCUCCUCUACAGGCCGAUAGCCCAGCAGCAGAGCCGCACUAAAGCCCCGCCCUCGGAGCGCGAUGGAGGACGGUAAGCCGGUGUGGGCGCCGCACGCCGCCGACGGCUUCCAGCUGGGGACCAUCGUGGACAUCGGAGCCGACAGCCUGACCAUAGAGCCACUGAAGGGGGGCAAGACCUUCCUGGCUCCGGUCAACCAGGUGUUCUCGGCGGAGGACGACGUCAACAAACAUGUGGAGGACAACUGUUCCUUGAUGUACUUGAAUGAGGCCACUCUACUGAACAACGUCCGCGUGAGAUACAGCAAGGACAAAAUAUACACGUUCGUGGCCAACAUCCUGAUCGCGGUGAACCCGUACGUGGACCUCCCCAAGCUGUACUCGGCCGACUCCAUGAAGAAGUACCUGGGCCGGUCGCUAGGCACCCUGCCUCCUCACGUGUACGCCAUCGCUGACAAGGCGUACCGGGACAUGAAGGUGCUGAAGAUGAGUCAGUCGAUCAUCGUCUCUGGAGAGUCUGGCGCCGGGAAGACGGAGAACACCAAGUUCGUGCUCAGGUACCUGACCUCCUCCUACGGAACGGGGCAGGACAUCGACGAGAGGAUCGUAGAAGCCAACCCCCUGCUGGAGGCCUUCGGGAACGCCAAGACGGUCCGCAACAACAACAGCAGCCGCUUCGGGAAGUUUGUGGAGAUCCACUUCAACGAGAAGAACACGGUGGUGGGCGGCUUCGUGUCCCACUACCUCCUGGAGAAGUCCAGGAUCUGCCGGCAGAGCUCCGAGGAGAGGAACUACCACAUCUUCUACCGGCUCUGUGCCGGGGCGUCGGACGACAUCCGCCAGAAGUACCACCUGACCUCCCCGGACUCCUUCAGGUACCUGAACCGAGGAUGCACGCGGUUCUUCUCCAACAAGGACACCGACAAACAGAUCCCGCAGAACCGCAAGAGUGCCGAGCACCUGAAGGCGGGGCCCCUGAAGGACCCCCUGCUGGACGACCAGGGGGACUUCGUGCGGAUGUGCGGGGCCAUGAAGAGGAUCGGCCUGGACGACGCGGAGAAGCUGGACCUGUUCCGCGUGGUGGCCGGGGUGCUGCACCUGGGGAACGUGGACUUUGAGGAGGCAGGCAGCACCUCGGGUGGAUGCACCAUCAGGAGCCAGUCGUCCCAGAGCCUGCAGUGCUGCGCUGAGCUGCUGGGGCUGGAGCAGGACGACCUCCGGGUCAGCCUCACCUCCAGGAUCAUGCUCACCUCCGCCGGCGGCGCCAAGGGCACCGUCAUCAAGGUUCCGCUGAAGCCGGAGCAGGCCAACAACGCGCGCGACGCGCUGGCCAAGGCGGUGUACAGCCGGCUGUUCGACCACGUGGUCACCAGGGUCAACCAGUGCUUCCCCUUCCAGUCCUCCUCCAACUUCAUCGGAGUGCUGGACAUCGCUGGCUUCGAAUACUUUGAGCACAACAGCUUUGAGCAGUUCUGCAUCAACUACUGCAACGAGAAGCUGCAACAGUUCUUCAACGAGCGCAUCCUGAAGGAGGAACAAGAGCUGUACAACAAGGAGGGCCUGGGGGUGAACGAGGUCCACUACGUCGACAAUCAAGACUGCAUAGACCUGGUGGAGGCCCGCCUCCUGGGCAUCCUGGACAUCCUGGACGAGGAGAACCGCCUCCCCCAGCCCAGCGACCAGCACUUCACCGACACGGUGCACAGCAAGCACAAGAACCACUUCAGGCUCACGAUCCCCAGGAAGUCCAAGCUGUCGGUCCACAGGAACGUCCGCGACGACGAGGGCUUCAUCGUGCGCCACUUCGCCGGAGCCGUGUGCUACGAGACGACCAAGUUCGUGGAGAAGAACAACGACGCUCUGCACAUGUCCCUGGAGACGCUGGUCAGCGAGUCGGGCGACGCCUUCGUGAGGCAGCUGUUCGAGGCGCCGCUCAACGGAAAGGACGCCAAGCUGAAGGCCGGCAAGCUGGGCUUCAUCAGCGUGGGCAACAAGUUCAAG